CUUUUUUAAAUAUUUUUAAACUAUUAAUUAUUGAAAUUUAAAAAAACAAUAUCAUCAUGUUGUUUUAAUUUUAUAUUUGAGCUAUUGAAUCUUACUAAAUAACUCAAAGCGGAAGAAAAUACAUUAUUAUUUUCGUUAAUUCGAGAUUUAGAUUAAUCUCAGCUCUAAAACAUUCUCAACUUCAAUUUUAUUCAACACCAUUUCAAUUUAUUUAUCAGAAUCAAUUUUCCUUCUGGGAAGAGCAGAGUCUCAUUCAAAGAAUUAACUUUGAUCUGUUCUUGAACUUUCCGAUGUCUUCAGAAAAUAAUUCCGACUUCACCGGAGAAGAUAGGGAUUUUCCAAAAUCAAAAUUGGCCUUUGACUUUAAAGUAUACGAAAGACCUAUCUAUAGACCAAACAGUGGUCCGCCUCUUCAGCCAAUUUCUCUCAUUCCUCCUCACGAUUUAAAGGGAAUUAUUCUUGAUUGUUUUCCAUAUCCAAAACCAAAGGACCCUAGCCACUUCUUGGUGGGUUACGAAAAGGAGCCACAUAAUCAGCUUAUUAUACAUCCAGAUAAUAUUCGCGAUUAUGUAUCAGAAUAUACUCUGGAGAAUUGGGAACAUGAACGAAGUACGGCGGAAGAAAAUCGUGCCAUCGAAGAACUCCAACCGCGCUUGAUAGCUGCAGAGAGAGCAAGAGUGUUGCGAGAAUUAAAAAAGGCCGGGUUGUCACGUGAUGUUCUCAAAGGAGAGUAUGCCGAACAGUAUCAAGCAAUUGGGAUACCGAAAAAAAGAGGGAGGCCUCCUAAAUCUAUGGCGAGUGUAUUUAAGCCAAUACCUAAGCUGGCACCUCAUGUACCAGGUGAGAAGCGCCGACCAGGGCGACCUAGGAAAGUAGUGGAAGUUCAUGUCAAUUCACCUACUACCUCGCACCAUCGCCAACCAUCCUUAUCCCAACCAUCUCUGUCACAACCUUUUUCUACAGCAUCAAGAGCAAUGUUGGAGCAUGCAUUUGCCAAUUCAGGCAGUGAAGAGGAAGAAGAUGACGCGGAUCUUGUGUUGGAUCAACAACUUAACGAAGAGGCAAACCAGGAAUCUACCUCCAUUAUGAAUUCCUCUACUGCAGCUUCGAGUCCUGUCAUGAAAGCUUCAGGUCAUGGAAAAAUGAACAAGACACCCGUUCAGUCACCUCAGAAGAACAAAUCUUUUCAAAAGUCACCUCACAAUCGUUCCCAACGAGCUCCAAUUCUCCCAGGCAUGAGUGUCAACGCAUAUCCGUACAAGGAUUCGAACAUUGAUGCUUACAACGAGAACAAUAGCAAGGGGGUCGAAGGGAGUCCAAUCAUGCACAAUCGAUCUCCUUCAAGCCUUCAGCACUUACCUAUUCUAUCGGCAGAAAAUUGCAAACAGCCCAUUUACCGUACAUCUCAGCGUAAAGGUCAGGGAGCUCAAUCGAAAAUCGUCGAUUACUUUGAUGAUUCCGACACCCAAAUCCAUACUCCAGAGAAGGUAGAAGCGAACCAAUACCACCAGUCCGCAUCUAGUCUCAAGCGCAAAUCUUCCCCAUCUUUGGAACAAGAAAGAGGGUCAAGUGGAAAAUCUCGAAUUAAAAGUAGAAGACUUCACAAAGAUGCCUAUGACUACUUGGAUGCCGAUUACAAAGAGCCUUCGAAGAAAGGGGUCCAAGCAGCCAUGAAUUACCGUGCCUCAAGCUCCGAUCUUAGCCCAAGUGCACGACGUGGAAGCGAUAGUUUCAAUCUCCGUAGCUCCAGAAGCAGGAGUCAAAGACUCGGAUCUUCCCCGGAAGCUGAAUUAGAUGCAGAAGAUGAGCGUCGGAGUGAAGAUGAAAGCAAAGAGAGGGACUCGGAAAAAGCUUUUGAAGACGAACCGCCAGUGUGGUCUGUGAAAUCUAUCUUGGACCACAAGUAUGAAUGGAAUGAAAACCACGAUAAGCAGGAACUAUGGUAUUUUGUUGAUUGGGAAGGAGAUUGGGAUCCAUCAUGGGAGCCUGCCAAACUCGUCUCAGAUGGGGCCAUCGAUGAAUACAUCGCUUCACGGCGAGCUAAUGGACUUGGUAAUCUUUCUAUUUCCAUCAACGCGAUGGAUAUUAGAGGAAAUGAUGGUGAGGUAUCACAGGGAAAUGACCUUGAACAUAGUAUCGAGAAUGAUAUAUACUUGUAGCUAUUGAUGGUGGAGAGGAAUUAGGAGGCUCGAGUUUGAAAGGAAAAGAGGAGAAAAGAAGAUGGCGAAGCAGACACUGCACAACGGUCAAAGGCUAUGAAAUCUAGCAUGUGGGUGAAUUCUAAUGGGGUGAUCAUGGAUCAUUGAUGGAAUCAUGAUAAGGGCGUUCUCAGCGGCAUUCUGUGGUAUUAUGUAAGAAUUAUUUGGUACAUGGCUAUAGUAUAUUUCGGCAUUAUUUGGAGUAUUUUAACUAGGCGAAGAGCCUACGUAUAUCCAAUAG